UUUACAAGUUUAUCCUUUAUAUUUGAUUUCCAACUUUCCCUCCCAUAUUCGAAAGCGAAAGUACGGAAUUUGUUUACGUUUUCUCGACGCAGAAACCAGCGUCGUUUCAGGUAAUGAACUGAAAGGGAAGUCUAUGGAAAACGGAUCCUUUAUCAGUAAUGCACCAAGGAAGGGGCUCAGUGACAUAACCAACUUGCAGCAUCAGCCUAAAGUGUUGACCCAAGAUGCAAAGCUCCUGCUGCAACCUGCUUCACUCGGGAGUAAAGAUUACAUCAACAAGCUCCAACAGGAAAAUAUGGUGCUGAUGAAAGUUCUUGCAGACCGAAUUAAAGUCAUUGAAUUGAGUGGAAUCGAGUUACAGAAACUGAGAAUCAAUUUCGAGAAGUUUCAGCAGCAAAACUUGCAACUUGCGCAAGCAAACAACCAGCUGUUAUUGGAACUUAAUUCAGGGAAAGAUAGGUUAAAAGCCCUUAAACAUGAGCUGGGAUGUAAAAAUGCUAUGCUUAAAGCAAUAAAAUCAGAGAAGAAAGCUAACAUUGUUGCUUGCCCUACAUCUGGAAAUGAGGGUUUGAAGGAAGGAACAAACAAGCAUGGCAAGGCAGGUGAAUCCCUUAACAAAGAAGAUGGAGACUAUAAACCUUGUAAUACGAACAGGAGGAGGCAAUCAAAGACUCUACAAGGGUUUGUUUAUGAAGGCAAUCUGCAAGGUUUAAAGCUGAAGAACCAGAAACUACUAAAGAUGUUUUCAAGGUAGCUGACAAAAAUUCUCUUAUUUCCUCUCCUUGUGAUGAUAAGGUGCAUCAGAGUGGGCCAUUUUCUUCUGAUUCAUCGGUCAGAAUAGAGCAUGAGGAAGGAUGUAUGGCCCCCAGAAAUGAAGCUCAAGAACCUAGACGAGCAUCUACAGGAAGGCCUUUGCGCCGAGCAGCUGAGAAGGUUCAAUCCUACAAGGAAAUGAAACUUAAUGUGAAGAUGCGCAGAGAAUUGUGAGCUCAUUCUCUUUGCUUCUGACACUGCACUUUUAUACUUGAGAUGCAUCUAAUUUCUAUAUACCACAAUGCUGUUGUUGCUGUAUAAUAUGUUCAUAUAAAACUGCCCUUAACAUUUCAAUGCAUCAUCUAUGGAUGACAAUGGAAAUGCCUGAAAUUGACUUCUAGGUUGUUUAACUGGGUUGUACUCGAAUAAUCUGAAGGAGUUUUGAUAUACAUUUGCCAGGUUGAAUGUGUUA